AUGCCUCUGUUCGCCCGAAGAUUUUCCGUCCCGAAGUUCCCAGCUCGCAAAGCUGCGAGUAUGACCAAUCUAUCACAACUGGAUGCUACAACUCGGAGUCAAGAAUUUAGUUUAGAUCUCGGCCCAGUACGCACACGAUUGAGCGGGCGUGAUCUGGUUUUUCGUGAUGGGAAUUGGGUGAUCGAGGGUGAUAGCACAAUGACGAAGUGUGCCGGUGCAGAUCGUGAAUCGUUCCGAAUGAAGAAAGAGAAUCAUCAACUCACGGAAGAAAAUAAUUUACUAAAAUUGAAGAUUGACAUUCUAUUGGAUAUGUUGGCAGAGACCACGGCUGAAGUUCAUCUACAAGAAAAUGAAAUCGAGAAUUUGCGUAAUAUGCUGAACAGGAAAUCUAUGCCAAAUGUUGUCCAAGUGUCGUAA